ACGGCCGCUUCUCUUCACUCUUUUGAAACAAAACCCUAAGCCCUUUCUUUCUCCCUCGUGGUUGAAAUCUUUGAGUCUUCGAUCAGGCUACGCAGUUUGAAUCAACUCUAGGAAAGCGAAGCUGUGCCUUGCAAAUUGUUGAAAAUGCUGCUGCAUAGACAUGAUUAAAGGAUUGUACUCCGUUGCAGUCGUCUUCAUCUCAUGAGCUGUGGGUUUUACUAAAUUAACGAAACCAUGAAGUUUACUGCACUUGUCAAAACUGUUCGUGUUCAUCCAACUCUCCCCAAAAUAAUCGGGCCUUUGCAAUCUCGUUUUUUCCAACAUGAUUUUGUUCCAAGAGAGCCUAAUGCCAAGCCCAGGAGGUACAAAUAUCCGCCCUUCUAUGAUCCCUAUGGCCCUAAGCCUCCACCCUCCGAAAAAGUCGUGGAGCUUGCGGAACGAAUUGCAGCCCUAGCCCCUGAAGAACGGCGGCAAAUUGGUCCCAUGCUGAAAGAUAGGCUGAGCCUUCCGAAGACGCAAGUGAUUUCAACAGAAGGAAUGGAAUUGGGUUCCCAGGGAGGGGCAGCCGCAGGAGCCGGAAAGGUUGAGGAAAAGGUGGAGAAAACAGCAUUUGAUGUGAAAUUGGAGAAGUUUGAAGCAGCUGCAAAAAUCAAGGUGAUCAAGGAAGUGAGGGCUUUUACUAGUCUGGGGUUGAAGGAGGCCAAAGACCUUGUUGAGAAGGUGCCUGUUGUGAUCAAACAAGGGAUCACUAAAGAUGAGGCAAAUGACAUAAUAGAGAAGAUAAAGGCUGCUGGAGGAGUUGCAGUGAUGGAAUAGAGUUCUAGAUUCUCUCUUGUUCCUUUUUUUUCUUUCAAUUUCAAAAUGUUGGUCCUGUUCUCCUAGGUAUUUCAUUAGGAAGGGUGGGCUUAGGGAAUGUCCCAUCCUUAAAAUUUCGAAUUUUUUGUCACAUGCAGAUGGAUGCCCAUACCUUGUGGAGAUGAAAAAGGAAUAAUUAAAUUUCAUUCAAGAAUUGCAAUCUGGGUUUGUCCUGAAUUUUGAACAUUUUCUUUGGAUUGUUGGUGGUGUCAUCAGUAAAACUGAUUGGUUUCA